ACUGGCCGUCAGGCGUGUUGUGUAAACGCUGUUCCGUGCCCUUUUUUUUCGAUUGCUUGGAAAAUCCGGAGCACACACUCUGGGAUUGGACGUAUCUGGUACCUAAGGACAUGCUGAACCUCCUGCGACGUCGUCCAGCGCCCGUGCCCCUUAUCCGGGCCGCGCUUAGCGCUCCCCUCCACACAUCCGAGAGCCGGCCGGGCUAUAUAGUGCUGGUACCGGAGAUUGGAGAGGAGGGCACACUGGGUGAGGGCGUGCUCAAGCCAGACGGUCUGCCUGCCUUCAGUGACAUCACGAUCGAGAUGUGCCUGGGCGCCAUAGGGCAGCAAGCCUCGGCGGUGGAGAAGUCAGUAAAGGCGCUGGAAAGCGACAUACAGAGUGGCAGGCAGCUGGACGCCGCCGGCAUCUUCCGGGAGCUGGACGCCGUCACCGGGCCGCUGGAAACGACCUGGGGUGUGGGCAAAGCUCUGUAUUUGGGCAACUCUACACUGAUUCCCACAAAAUCGUACAUGAACAUCCACGAGAGGGCCCGAAACGCGCGGGCGGCCAAGUUUUGCAACCCGACAGUCUAUAAGGCACUCCAGGAAGCCACUACUGUCUCCGGAGCGGACGAGCAGCGGCUGCGGCAGAAGUUUCUGCUAGAGGGAAAGCUGAAUGGCCUGAUGCUGGAUAAGGAUAAACAGGACGGACUCAAGGAGUUGCUUACCCACUUGGGACGGGAGCGAGCCAGUUUCAAAAACAAGGUCAACAUGGCAGUGCACUCGUUCGGUCAUGUAGUGUCCGACUUUAACCUAGUAAGGGACUUUCCACCCGCUCUGCUAGAGGCAACAGCUGUCGACUCAAGCCAGCCGUUGGAAGGACCCUGGAAGAUCACACUUCAGCCCCAGGUUGUCGACGGUUUCCUUAAACACUGCCCGGAGAGACUGCAGCGCUGGAAUGUGUGGAGGGCAAAUGUAGUGAAGGCUUCUUCGCAGCAGAGCAAGGCCCUGGAGACCAGCACGCACCUGGAAAAGAUCCGAGGGCUGCGCCAGCGACAGGCUAAUCUUCUGGGCUACACCAACUUCGCGGAAAUGUCGAUGCAGACCAAGAUGGUAGGCAGCGUGGACAACCUCAAACAAAUGUUUGCAAAGCUGCUAAAGUUCUCCGGCCCAGCUCAAAGUGUGGAGCUGGAGAAGCUGCAAACCUUUGCCCAGGACUGCGGCUGUGACUACAAACUAGAGGCCUACGACGUGGCCUACUGGCGACGCAAGCAGCUGGCCGCCGAGCAUGGUCUGCAGGAGCAAAAGAUCAGUGAGUUCUUCCCACUGCCGCGGGUUCUAUCCGGAAUGUUCGCUCUAAGCGAAAAGCUUUUCGGUAUCCAGAUAGUGGAGCAACCCAAGGCGGAGGUCUGGCAUCCCGCUGUCAAGUUCUACGACGUGUUCGAUGGGGACUCGCCCAACAGUUCAACGCCAGUGGGCGGUUUCUAUGUGGACUGCUAUUCCAAGGAGCACAAGUUCGGACGCAACAAUGGCUGGAUGGUGGGCAUAAGGAACAGCAACAAGACGGCUGGACUCACUCCUCUCUGCGCUCUGAUCUUCAAUUUCUCUGAGCCGCCGCAAGGUUCGGCCGAGAGUAAGCCACCACUUCUGUGCUACGAUGAUCUCCAGAUGCUCUUUAAGACCUUUGGCAGUGGACUGCAACACAUGCUCACCCAGGCAGGCUAUAGCGAUCUGGCAGGCCUGUCGAAUAUCGAGUGGGAUGCCUCCCAGGUAUCCGGACAUGUGAUGAGCAACUUCUUGGAUGAUCCCACUGUACUUAGGAGUCUGUCUGGUCACUUCAGCAGCGGUGAGCCAUUAGAUGCUGAGCUCUCACAGAAGAUGCGGCUGCUAAAGACCCAACUGGCAGGCUAUAACCUCUGUCAGGACCUUUAUCUGGCUGAUCUUGACGUGGAAUUGCACCGCUCGAACGCGUUCUGGCUGCAGAUUGUACGUAAGCUGUGGCCUGUGUAUCAUUGUAUGCCGCUGGACAAAUUGGACGCCCAUCCCUGCUCCCUCACCGACAUCUUCGCAGGCGAUUGGGCUGCCGCUCAGUUUAGCCAUCUAUACUCCCGCCUCAUAGCCGCCGAUAUCUCAAGCAGCUUCGCGGAACAGCGCAAUGAGGAUAACUAUGCUGCGGUUGGACGACGAUAUAAGCAAACUUUCCUGAGUUCCGGGGGUUCAGUGCCAACGGCGGAGGUGUUCCGCCGCUUCCAAGGUCGCGAUCCCUCCGGCGAGGCCCUGCUCAAGUCCCUGGAUAUAUUUGUUCCCUCGCAGACCACGGAUAGCAAUUGAGGGUCAGGGUCUCUGACCUAAAAUGUUAUCUUUUAUGGUGUAUAGAUUGUCAGCUCUGAUAAGCCUGAUCGAUGACCGCCUGGAGGGUGGGUCGAUUUCUGAGGAGGGAAAGUAAUGCUUGUUGUAUUUCUAGCAAUUGUACUAUAUGUUUAGGUCUGAAAUAUAUAUAUAUAUAUUUUGUUGAAUAUUUUCUAAUUCGACGCCCAUAAAA